AAUGACAUUUCUAAACAAACAUGUCAACUUUUUUCAAAUAAAAGGCUGUGUCCUGUCCAAAAUCAGUAUCAGUUUCUGAUAGCUCUCAUCAGUCAACAAUCAUUUAUAAAACAACUAUCAAUAUCUGUAAGACAACUACUACAGCUAUGGCAACACAAGUAUCACUCGUCUCUUGGAAGAUGUUUGAUGACAACACAAUCGACACAAGGAUGCAAAUCAAGGAAAAAUAUCCAACACCACGAGUUAAUAAAAGAGCUAAAAAUCGCCGUUCAUCUAUUGGGAAACUGUUUAACGUAAUGAAACAUGCAGCAGUCAGACUUCAAAAUAAAAUGCAAGCUGAUGGUAUAAGGAAACUAAGUGAGAAUAUUGAGGAAAUAGUUCAACGUGGAAUCUCAUCAUCAAUGGAGAGUUUAGAUGCUGACAAUGAUGACAUCACGAACAAUGGCAAAUGUGCACACCCUGCGAAAAAGAACAAGGUCAGCAAUGGAACACCGAAUGAUCUCCUCGACUUAGCAGAUGAGUUUGUUGCAUCAGGUGAAACUGGAUACAUCGAGGCUUCAAACACGAAUUGUGCAUAUGAUGACAUCAUCAGAGAGGAAUCUCACCCAAAUAACCUUCAUGCUGUUUCUUCGCAGUAUGAUGAUGAUGAUUUGAAGCUUCAUUUUGAGAACAAUGCAGACAUUGAUUUUUGCGAGUUUGAAACAUCAAAGGUUUUCUGUAUUCUGAACCAAUACACUCAAGAAAACUGUUCCUGUGGAAUGAACACUCAACAAUCUGGAAAGUCUCAAAGUCUCGGUAAAACCAAGAUUAUGAAUGGAGUUAAACAUACAGCAUUUUAAACACUGGAUAAAACUGCUAAUGAAUUGCCAAAUUGUAAAUAAAUGUUACACUGUAAAUUGUAAAUAAUCAUUAAAUAUAAAUAAAAUCUUAUUCUAUUUUAUAUAAAACAACUUGUUUUGUUUCUACAAAUGUCUAAGAAGUACAUCUAUGAAGCGUAUUCUCUCCUUUUCGCAAAAUAUACACCCAUGAUUGAUAUGAAUCCUAUGCCAAGUAGAGUUUUAGGGAGAUAAGUUGGUAAGAUAUGUCCCGUAUCCUGAUUUUGAGGUUUCCAUAUCCAGAACCUCCAUAUCUCCCGCUUCGGUGCAUUUAUUCCCAUUUCGGUGCAUAUCUUCCUGCUUCCGGUAAGUAGUGGAAAUGCAAUAAAAUGACUUUGCAUAUGAAUGAUUUAUUUAUUUUUACACCUUGUACUAUUGAAAUGGCAAUGUGCCCAUGAAAACUCUACUUGGUAUAGGAUAAAGCAGUUAUGUACGGUCAGUUUGGAUAUUGGGUUCAUCCCUCGUGAGAUAUACACAUCUACCUUUGAUCCCUACGGUCCCUAAGGU